GAGAGUCUCUCAGUCUGAAAAUGAGCUAAAUUAUUCGCGUUCUUUGAAUCCUGUGGAGUUUUUGCCUGUAUAAAUGUAAUUGUAGGACUAAUUCUGUACAUUCUGUAAAGAGAAUUUCAACGGAUAUUAUCAUAUUUUGUAUUACCACCUGUAUUAGAAGUUUAGAAUUGAGUAGGGUUUUGCCGGAAUGUGAGUGUGAUUUUUAACUGACAUGGCGUGUGUUCAGGAGUGUUUAAUUUCAGCUCCGGGGAAAUCAAUCCUGCACGGAGAGCACGCUGUAGUGCACGGGAAGGUGGCGCUGGCGGUGAGCCUGAACCUCCGCACGUACCUGCGGCUCCAGGUGACGUCCACGCCCGAGGUGUGUCUCAGUCUCCCUAAUAUCCAGACGUUCCUGCGCUGGGACGUCCCCGCACUCAAACCGCUGCUGUCUCACUGUACCGGUGAGUGUAGGACCCCCACAGAGCUGGACGAUGAGCUGGUGAGGAAGCUGAGGGAGUUUGUGGGCGUGGCUGAUGGACCCACAGACACCGGGGGCGUGGCAGUGCUGGCCUUCCUCUACACCUACCUGUGUGUGUUCACACGUCAGGAAGUCCUGCCCGGUCUGAAGGUGUGUGUGUGGUCUGAGCUGCCCACAGGAGCAGGUUUGGGCUCCAGCGCGGCGUACAGUGUGUGUGUCUCUGCUGCUCUGCUCACCGCCAGAGGAACCGUCAGCUGUCCUCUAACACCGAGCCGGGACACAGCCAGGUGGAGUGAUCAGGAGCUGGAGCUGAUUAACACCUGGGCGUUUCAGGGUGAAAAGAUCAUACAUGGCAACCCGUCAGGAGUGGACAACGCCGUGGGGACGUGGGGUGGCUUUCUGCGGUACCACGCUGGGAAAAUUACACCACUGAGCCGAGUGCCCACGCUGAGGAUCCUCCUGACCAACACUAAAGUACCGCGCAGCACCAAACACCUGGUGUCUCGAGUGAAGGACAGAAUAAACCAGUACCCCUCUGUGAUGGUUCCUGUACUGGAGUCAGUAGACGCCGUGUCUCAGAUGUGUGAGUGUACACUUGCUGAGAUGGCUACAGAGGGAGCUUCAGCUAAACACUACAGUAUGCUAGAGGAUUUAAUAGACAUUAACCAGCAGCACCUGAACGUGAUGGGCGUGGGUCACACCUCUCUGAACACACUGUGUGAGCUUACACUCGCCCACGGGCUGCACAGCAAACUGACCGGCGCGGGGGGAGGGGGCUGCGCCAUCACACUCCUCACACCGGAGACAGACGAGUCCGUGGUGCGAGACGUGAUGGAGGAGUUAAGGCGGGUUGGGUUUGACUGUUGGGAGACGAGUAUCGGAGCGUCGGGCGUCCAGAUGCACUCGACCAGCUCAGUGACCAGCAACGUCCUCGACAUCCUGACCAAAUACUGAAGAUCUACUUAAUACUGAAGAUCUAAC